AUGGUGGAAGAGUGAAUUUCAAAAUUUGAAUUCCCCCCAUUUCCAUUAGCCUCUCCCUCUUUCUCUCUCUCUCACACACACACACACACAGAAGGUUCACAACGGUCGCAGAAAUGGAGACGACGAGCAUCUUAGAUCCAGAGUCGGAGUUCCUUGCUUCGAAACGAGAGACAAGCAACGAAUGGGAACUCUUCAAGGAGAAUGUUCGUCCAUUGAAGAGAGGCCGUAAUAUUCAGCUCCUCAAUCAGUCACUCAAAUCGCAAACUGAUAAAAAUCUCAAGAAAACCCUUCUUGACCAUCGAAGGAAGUUAGUUGAAGCGAUUGAUGAAUACAAAGGAGAUGACCCCCUCAAGCCUUGGAUUGAGUGCAUUAAAUGGGUACAAGAGAGUUUUCCUCCUGGUGGAGAUUCCUCAGGAUUGAUUGUGAUCUAUGAACAAUGCGUGCGUAGCUUUUGGCAUGAUGAUCGUUACAAAGAAGAUCUACGUUAUCUGAAAGUUUGGAUUGAAUAUGCUGAAAAUUGUUUAGAUGCUGAAGUCAUAUACAGUUUUCUUGAAACAAACAACAUUGGGCAGACCCAUUCUAUGUUCUAUAUAUCGUAUGCAUUACUUAUGGAAUCGAAGAACAAGAUUAGAACAGCAAAUGAAAUAUUUAAUAGAGGGAUCUCUAGGGAUAGUCAGCCUAUUGAGAAACUAAGGUUUGCUUACAAGAAGUUCUUUGCAAGGUCAAUGACAAGAACAAAUGCUCCAGAGGAGGAUGUUGUGGAAAAUCCUUUACCAGUUAGAAGUUUUGGAACUUUAUUGACAAAGGGAACACAACGAGUGGGUAAAUCUGAUUUGACAAGGAAUAAGGCUAAUCUAGACAGGUCUCAGAAGACUGGAUUCACCAUUUUAAAAGAUAGCACCAAUGUGCCCAGCAGUCAUGCCACCACUCAAACUGAUCUUCCAAAAACUGACUUGAAAUCUUGGCCUACUCUUGGAGCACGAGCAGAGAGGAAUAAAGAGAACAAUGCAAUCCCUGCCAAGUGGAAAUCCGUCAAGAUUCCACAGACAAUUGGGAGUAGAACUGGUGGCACAGUAGCUAGUGCUAGCAGCAUUGAAGUUUUUGUGGAUGAAGAGUGUGCAGAAAAGCACAAUAAAGUAGUGGGCAAUAAUGAGAAAAGUAAGAAAUCUGGUUUGCACCUUAGGAAUGGAGAUGUCCAUGAGAUUAAAAAGGAGACAGUACUCUUAAGAGAGAAUCCAUUGCGCAAUUUCCCACUCGGUUGCCUUCCCCGUUGAGAAAGACUCUUCUUUCGAUUUUUUAAAACUAGUUAUUAAUGAAUGGGGUAUGGUUAAGCUUUUACCUUUAAAGCAUGAUCCAUAUAAAUGUUGAUUUGUUGUGAUCAUGUUCGGCUAGUACUAGCACUCGCUAGCCGUGUUUCUACAAAUGUAAUCGAUCUACUCUAGUUGUUGUUUGUGUUUGCGCGUUUCUUUGUCAUUUGAACUCGUUAUAAUUGAGAAAAUGAUUGUUUGCCAUA